UGGCGGUACAAUGGCGGCGCCCAUGCUGCGCUGGGGCUGUGCUGGAAGGCGUUGGGCUUUAGCCUGCGUUGACCGCGGUUCCUCCCACGGAAGAUGGGCGCCGACUGGGUCCACCUCCAGCGGGAUGAGGGGACAGUGCUGUGUGGCUCAGCAGCCCCUUAUCAGGGCCCAGAAGCCAAGGAAAGGUGAACAUGAAUGGGCAGCUGUGGUAGGUUUGGAAAUCCAUGCCCAGAUUUCUUCCAACUCUAAACUCUUCUCUGGAUCUCGAGUCCAUUUUGCAGCACCUCCAAAUUCUUUGGUUUCUUUUUUUGAUGCAUCUCUGCCUGGAACUCUGCCGGUUCUCAACAGGAGAUGUGUGGAAGCAGCAGUGAUGACAGGCUUGGCACUGAACUGCCACAUAAACAAGAAGUCCUUGUUUGACAGGAAGCACUACUUCUAUGCUGAUCUCCCUGCAGGCUACCAAAUUACCCAGCAAAGGCUUCCAGUUGCUGUGAAUGGAAGCUUGACAUAUGGCAUCUGUGUGGGGAAUAAGCAGAGUCAGAUGAUCACUAAGACCGUGAGGAUCAAACAGAUCCAGUUGGAGCAAGACAGCGGCAAAAGCCUCCACGAUGACCUGAGGUCCCAGACACUCAUUGACUUGAACAGGGCGGGAGUUGGCCUCCUGGAAGUGGUCUUGGAGCCUGACAUGUCCUGUGGAGAAGAGGCAGCCACGGCCGUCAGGGAGCUGCAGCUUAUACUUCAAGCCCUGGGGACCAGCCAGGCAAAUAUGGCAGAGGGCCAGUUGAGAGUGGAUGCCAAUAUAUCUGUUCAUCAUCCUGGGGAGCCUUUGGGCGUUCGAACUGAAGUGAAGAAUCUCAACAGUGCCAGGUUCUUGGCUAAAGCAAUAGACUAUGAAAUUCAGAGGCAAAUCAAUGAACUUGAGAAUGGAGGUGAAAUUCUGAAUGAAACUCGCUCAUUUGAUUCCAAGCUGGGGUGCACCGUGCCGAUGAGAGACAAAGAAGGAAAACAAGACUACAGGUUUAUGCCAGAACCCAACCUGCCCCCACUGGUGCUCUAUGACACAGCGUCCCUGCUUGCUGGUGCAGACUCACAGCAGGUGAUCAACAUUGACCGAAUUCGGGAGCGGCUCCCAGAGCUCCCUAGCAGGACCCGGGAGAAGCUCAUUGAACAGUAUGGGAUGCUGCCGGAACACAGCUUCACCUUAUUGAAUGAAGUUGGCCUACUGGAGUUCUUCCAAAAUGUGAUAAAAGAAACUAGGGCAGCACCAAAAAAGGUGACUAGUUGGGUCCUCAAUACUUUCCUGUGUCAUUUAAAGCAACAGAACCUUGCUGUCAGCGAGAGUCCUGUCACGCCUUCUGCACUUGCUGAACUUCUCACCCUGCUGGACAGGAAGGUAAUUUCUUCAUCAGCAGCUAAACAGGUGUUUGAGGAACUGUGGCGGAGCAAAGGGAAGACUCCAGCACAGAUUGUUUCAGAAAAGAAGCUUGAGCUGAUGGAGGAUCAAGCAGCACUGGAACAGCUCUGCCAAGCCGUGUUGGAGGGACAUCCGGAACUGGUUAUGGGUGUGAAGAAGGGAAACCUCAAAGCCAUAAAUAAACUGAUGGGGUUGGCCCGAAAAGCAACUCAAAACCGAGCAGAUCCAACAGUGAUAAAGAAAAUCCUGGAGAAGAAGCUGUCAGCGUGAAAUGGUUGCAGCCCUCUGCCAGAGAGAGAGAGAACAGAGCAGCCAGCACUGAAACCUGCUGUCCAUGUGCUCCUCCCUGCCGGGCCUCGUCCAGUCCCCGGCUCGAGCCACACCUUCUCCGUGGUGAGGCCUCAUACCCACUCCUGUCCUCGCAGACCUGGACACAGGCGCUGCCCCCACAGAGGACAGGAGGCAGGCCUGCCUCACUGACAGCAGCGUGGCUCGGUGACUGCUUCAGCAGUGACUGAAAAGGAGAAAAUUCUAGUAUUUAAUAAUUCUGAACUAAAUAAAACCUGUUUCAAAUUUUUGCAUCA